GUAUAAGUUUUCCCCCGACUCCGUUGACGAACCCUAGCCCCCAAAAUUCCUCUCUCCCACUCGCGUUUCUCCUCUGAACCUCGUGCCCGAGAUGUCGUCACCGCGCUUUUGUCGAUCCUGCGGCCACCGACUUCCCAUCGUUGCAUCGCCAUGUCCAUGAGGUUCUCCGUCAUCUACUUCAUCGUCUCCACCACUGGAUCGAGCUCGGGGAGCAACGUCAAUGUCACCCUCAUCGUUUGUCUCCGCCACGGCCACCGCGUCCUCGCCGUCGAUCCGCGUCUUCUCGUCCACCCCGGCCCCGUACAAGCACGCCAUCGGCCCUCCCGCGACCCCGAGACCGAUGCCGCCCCUUUGAUCGACUACGUCGGCGACGACACUUCUUCCCUUUCAGCGAAGCUUCCAGAUGUCGGAGCCCAGGAGUCAGAUGCCACCAUCGAUGCCUACUACUACGUGCAGACCACCGACGACCAGGAGUAGUUAGGAGGCUCCCAGGCAGGAGGC